ACGCACACGCUUCGACCAGAGAGUUCGGUCGGAGCUGCAGGUGGUGAGAGUAAGCAGAGUUUUACUCACUGUGUGGAUUUUCGUUCCUUCUAAUGCUGUUAGCGGUGUGCGUCCAUGAGACUUGUUUGCCUAUGGUGUUACCGGAGCAGGCAAGACACAUACCAUGUUGGGUUCACAAAAUGACCCUGGGGUCAUGUACUGCACAAUGAAAGAGCUCUUCAAACGCAUGGAGGACGGCUAAGAGGAGAAGGAGUUUGCAGUUGCAUUUUCAUAUCUUGAAGUCAGGGAGGACUGUUCUAAAGGAGUGGUUGUGCAAGGCCUGCAUAAGGUCAGCACUACCAUCUAUUAAAAAAAGAAGAGAAAAGAAAACCCCUCUAAAAUUAAAAUCCCUUCCAUGCAUGCAUAUAUAGGGAAAUUGUCAUGGUGCUGGGUCGUUGACCCAGCGUUUUGUGUUUUAUGGUUAUUUUCCUCUGUUCUAGUUAUUCUGAUUUUGGUAUUCUGUGUCCUCCCUUGUGCCCUGUUCGUGUUCUGGAUUUCCUGUUUUAUUCUGAAGGUCUGUGUCUGUUGUCAUUGUGUUCAGCUUGUAUCCUCAGGUCGUCUGGUGUAUUAGAAUCAGCUGUGCUCCCACCUGUAUGUCAUCACCUGGUCUCCUUGUUUGUGUGUGUAUAUAUAGUGGGUGUCGGUCUGUGCUUGUUGUCGGCUCGUCUGUGUCCCAUGGUGUUUCAUUCCUCUCUCUGCGUCUCUCUACCCCGCACCCCGUUUCGUAUGUUCUCAGGUUUGUUAUUUAGUUUUCCCAGUUUAGGUUUCUUUAGUUACUUGUCAUCCCUCACUGCCUGUUUGCCACUACACCACCUUGUAAAUAAACAUCACUCGAAUCAUCAGUCAUCGCCUGCAUUUUGGGUCCUCCUUUCCUCCAACACCACACGGCUCGCCUCGGCAACCGUGACAGAAAUAUAUUUAAUAGCCCUUGGAUCCUCGGAUCACAACACUGUGCAUCUCCUGCCAGUUGACAAGACUGUGCUGAGAAGAGAGAAGCCCAAAUCUGCAGAGCAGAUUCUGGAGGCUUUGGAUUCUGGCAAUCGAAACAGGACACAGCACCCGACUGAUAUGAACGCCACCUCUUCUCGUUCCCAUGCUGUAUUUCAGAUAUAUUUGAGACAGCAAGACAAAACUGCCAGUCUCAAUCAUAAUGUAUGUGUUGCCAAAAUGAACCUGAUUGACUUGGCAGGCUCAGAAACAGGCAGUGCCACCAACGCUAAAGGGGCACGCUUACGAGAAGGCGCUAACAUCGCCAACAUGAACCUGUUAAUGUGUUUGUUUUGCUGUUUUUUUUCCAGAAUGGCCUUAAGGAAGUUAACCACUAACCGGCCUGAGACGCCGUACUUCCGGCCCCCACCCAUACACAUCCGGGUGUUAAAAUUUGGCGACCAGCUCAGGGUGAUCAGCUGGGAUCUCCAAGAUGGAGUGGUUAAACCACUCCUAACCAAAAGAAAUAAGAUGGCAGCCAUCACUGAUGGAGAGACAGUGAUGAAAAUUACUGUUUUACUUUAGAUGAGAAUUCUUCAAAGAAGGCACGUCUUACAUGAUGAGGGGGCAUGAGCUGAGGGGCCAAGCUCCCCAUUAUCUGAUCAAUAUUACAGCAAGGACCCAGUUUUUUAAGGCACCUGCCCUUACAGUAACAGAGGCCCUCAUGAAAAAAGCGGAGGAGCUUCUUCAUCCACCUGUCCCUGCAACACCACGUUUGGAGGACUGGCGCAUUCAAAUUUACAUAUCGGGGCCUGCACAGCUUCCCUGCCAGCAACAGACAAAAUACUGUUCCUGUUAAUCUUAGUAUCUGCAGUUUUUACACGCUUACAUAUACACACACAGUUACUGUAUGGUGUUAUUUUUGUGCCACUAUUCUGAGCGCAUGUAAAAAAAAAAAA